AUGCCACGGAGAAAGGUUUCCAAGCAAACCACUUUGUUUGACAUACGGAUCAGGUCUUGUGAAAAUGAUGUUAUUCUCCUUAAAGGGUCGCAUGAAGAUGCCGCCUCUGCUCUUUUGUCAGGAGUGAUAGUAUUGUCUGUAUUGGAGCCCAUGCCAAUUAAAAAACUGUCUCUCAGACUAGUCGCCACCCUCAGGUUUAGAUGGAAGGAGACAUAUGCAACCGCAAGUGGACAUGCUACAAAAGAAAAUAAGUACAAGAAAAUCGUUUUUGAGUUCUGUUGGGAUGACCUAAACAUAAGUGAGUAUUUCAAAGACCUUUACGAUAUUUACAUGCACAAAGACAAAAGUUAUUCCGACAGUGUACCUGCUGGUCAAUCGGGUUCCGCAGUUAGUCUUACAGGUUUAACUACGGGUCGUAUUUCAAAGUCCAACAACUCCUCCUCUUCAUCCCUGAAAAGUUUGUCCAAUACGGUACGAGCAAAAUCAAAAUCGUCCACUAGUCUUCAGACAUUGGCAAAUCUCUCCUCCACAAAAACUGAAUCUCACACACUUGGCCAGGGAAACUAUGAGAUUCCAUUCUCUACUGUGUUACCUGGGGAUAUUCCCGAAUCGUUGGAAGGGGCUCCCGGUGCUUCUUUAGUGUACGAGCUUGAAGCCAACCUCGAGAGAAGUAGGUUUGUUUCUAACAUUUUUGCUAGAAAACAUUUGAGAGUUAUAAGAACGAUGAAUUCUGAUGCCGCUGAAUUAACAGAAACAGUUGCUGUGGACAAUACUUGGCCAAAUAAGGUUGAUUAUUGUGUCAGCAUACCAAAUCGUGCCAUGGCAAUAGGAUCCGUGAAUCCAUUGGAGAUAAUUUUGGUGCCAUUAUCGAAGGGUCUAAGACUGGGAAACAUCUCGCUUACUGUCAUUGAACAAUAUAACUACAAAACUGCUACUGGAAGUCAAACCGGAGAACGAAUUGUUUCCGAGAAGCAUAUGAAAAAGCCAUCAAAGACUGCAGAUGGCAAGAACAUAUGGCAAUUGGAACCAGAUAUAAAUGGUGUCUUUUUUCAGAACGAAGAAUUUUUGUUUUCCACCGAGAAAUGGGAAAUAAGGACCACUCUCCCUCUGGAAAAUUCGUUGGACAAAUGCUCUCCUGAUUCAGAUAUUGCUGGAAGUGUCAAAAUUAGACACAAAUUGAAAUUCAAUAUUGGACUACUGAAUAGUGAUGGACACAUUUCUGAGUUGAGAGGAACGCUACCUGUGAUUCUAUUCAUUAGUCCAUUUGUUCCAGUAAUUGCCGCAAAGAUUGGUGAUCCAUCAGUUGAGGGAAAGAAUAAUAGACCCCCUGCUCCUGCUCACACUCGCUCAGGAAGUGAUACCGUAUUAUUCAGGUCUCGUGGAGAGUCUGGUGCCAAUACCCCACUACAUGAGAAUCCGCCAGUGAAAACAAACACUAUUGAUCUAAUGGCACCCCCAAAUUAUGAAAACCACGUCUUCGACGUACCAGUAGACAACUAUGGUACUCCAUUAGCUUCUCCUGGAACCUCUGGUACGACAAGUCCCAGAAUAAUCAAUGCAGGGGCUAAUGGUAACUCAACUACUCCAUCUACUCAAGCACAUUCUCGUGCUAGUUCUUACUUUGCCCUCAAUAUUUCACCAAAUUCGUCAUCAAUCAACGCCAGUGAUCAGCUAGUCAGGCAGUUGAGGGCUUUGAAUACACGAAGGGGAUCGCAAGAAAGUGAGCCAAGUAACGCUGAAUCAAAACUUAAUCGAAAUAAGCCUAUUUUCACGUUAAGUGACGGUGAAGAUGAAGACGACGAAAAUAGAGAUGCCCGUGAUUCCCUUGUUUUUGACUCUCAAGGCUCAACUCCUCACAUCAAUCAAUUAGACUCUUUAGAGUUUUCAACAGGUACUCUGAGGGUUCCAAAAUCUCCCAUCUUGGACUUUGCAACACCUGGAAUAUUGAGUCCCAUUCAGCAUUUAUCAAGAGCUAACUCAAAGGAUAAUAUCUCCUCAACCUUGGAUUGGGAUGACAAUCUGCUUUCCAGGGUUCCUAGUUAUGAAACUGCCGUGAAGAAUGAAGUUAUGGAUGAGCCAACUCCUGUGUACGUCCCACCUUCGUCAUCUUCAGGUAUUAAUAUGGAACAACUGAACCGAAGACUAAAAAUAGCACAAUCGUCCCAAGAUCGGAACUCAAUUGAUUCCAAUCAGUCAAGUUCAAGAUCUUAUAGUGCGCUGAGGCUUCCUUUACGUUCACCUACUUUGGAAAGCCAUACAAGCAUCAUGGACCUGGCGAAGUCUAGAGGAUCGAGCAACGGCAACUCUCCCGCAAUAUCAAGAAACCAGUCCUCACUCAAUCUAACCAAGAGAAAUAUGGGAGCUAACGAUAAGCUCAACUGGAGUUCGAAUCCACUAGAUGAGGGAUCAGAUACCUCCUCAUCAUCACAGCUGAAAAUUAAUCUGCCACCUUCCGCAUAUAUCGCCCACCUACCCAGUUCUAAUCCCUCUGGCACUGCCAGUCAAAGUGAAACUCCAAGUCGUCCAAUUUCAAGGCCUUCGUUGGGAACCAGAACAAGUUCCUUCCUACAUAUCGGGCGAAGCUUCAGUCAUGCUUCCCUGUCUAAUCACUCUGAUCCCAGUUCUUCAACUGCCAGCCUUUCCUUGUUAUCGAAGAAAGAUAAAAAGGUUUCCAAGAAAUAA